AUGCAUCCCUCGGCGGCGUGGACUUUAUUACUCGCCCAAACAGCAUUCUCACAGAAGACACAGGUGGAUUCAGCAUUACUCGCAACAUUUGAACGUUACGCCGCCUUUGCCUCUGCGUCCUAUAGCUCCGACUGCGAUGACCCACCAUUCGGCAGUGUUGCAGAGAAAUACAUCAACGAUGUCGCAACUAGCACGCAGGCGACCUUGUUCAGGGACGACGCUGCCCAGGAAUACGUGGUGUCAUUCCGCGGGACAUCCGACGUCCAAGACUUCGUGACUGACCUGGAUCAGAAGCUCGUGUCUUGUGUUGCACCAGGGCUUCAGUGCUUAGGAUGCACAUGUGCACAGGGCUAUUUACGCCAGUACAAUGCUGUUGCCGCAGAGGUCAAGAGCGCCAUCGACUCUGGCAUCGGGAAACACCCAGGAUAUAGCCUUGUCAUCACAGGGCACAGCAUGGGCGGCGCGCUGGCAUCUCUUGGCGCAGCCUCGCUCCACGGACAAGGGCUGAGCUUAGUCACUUACACGUAUGGCCAACCGCGGACAGGUGAUCAGACGUAUGCCGACUUCAUCGAUGCUAUGUUCAACGGGACAAUGUAUCGACUGACUCACAAGAAUGACGGCGUGCCUCAGAUCCCGCCACAGAGCGACGGAUACCGACACCACAGCACGGAAUACUGGCAGAGCGAUGAUCCACCGACAACCGCAAACACGUUUCGGUGCCAAGGCCAAGAGCCAAGUGAUUGCAACCAAAGUGAGAUCGGAUUUGGUAUAGGCAAUGGCGGACGAGGCAUCAAUUUGGCUCAUUUGAGCUAUUUUGGGGUCAGCAUUGGCAACCCUCUAAAUCCAAAUGCCGCGUGUUAA